AUGACCGGUUGGGAGCACCGAAGUUCGCUAAUGUUCAAGGGGAAACUCGGGAGGCUGUCUACCUUGGGCCGAACCGACCCACCACCAAGUGAAUCGUGCGAAAAUAUCAUCCCGGGGGGGGGGGGGGGGGGGACUCACUGCCUCAGCCCUCGUGGCUUCAAAAUCCACCGCUCGUCUCAACUCAAAAUCGGUCGCAGCCCUCCUGCCGUUGUGAGUCCGAGCUUGCGACCAGCAGAUCCUCACCGGGGACAGAGCCUCUUGAGCCAUGGGGGAAGUUCGCGCUCGUUGGAGGAGGCGGAACCAUCUCCUGUGCACCGGCAUGGAUUGCAGCGGGAACUUAUAAUUGAGGAGAAAGGUCGAGUGGGGAUGGAGGAGAUGGACAGGCAGGCUGGGGACAUGAGUGUGACGAUGAUUCCUAGGAUAGAGCCUCGCCGCCGUCGACUCCUCCUGGAGGGUUCAGAUGAUAAAAUUUUCGAACGUACUGUCCCGGGCAAGGCCAAACCUGCGGAGAUUGAAGGCAAGAAGAAGGGAAGUCGACUAGUCAAGGCGUGUGGCAAUUCUGUGGCCGCCACCCUCCAAGGCACGUCCAGCCGCUUCUUUAGUGGGCAAGGGGAAAUCAGCUACAAAGAUUAA